GAAAGAGAAGAUUUACUGUCGAAAUCAAUCACUCUUUCUCAAGAAACAAAAGUCUCAAAGCAAAAAGUUUUUAUGUUUUGACUUUCGUUCAUCGUACAAACUACUGUUGUGAAAGGAGCCUAAUUAUCCGAGGACCCUGAACAAACUUUUCUAGUCAUAAUUAAAGUUUGCUAGUACAACAUUAUACGACAGUACCACAGCUGAAUCAUCAUUAGAUCUAGCUGCUAACAACAAUUCCAAUGAAUCCAAUCACAAACGCUGCAAUUAUUUUCAAUCCGUGUAUCAUGCCUGUUGUCUGUCAAUCACACACCUGUCGUAGCAAGUGACAAGUGUACAAAUUCCAGUGAGCAUCUGGCAUUAUGUGUACUCGGUUUCAAAGAGCACAGCUUGCUUGAGUAAACUUGUCGCACGAUUAGCAGUCUCAUACUACUUUGCAAUUGCAGAAGCCAUCAUGAUGAAUAAUAUGUACCUGUCCAAAGCAUCAGCCAGUGCUCCAGGUAGCACGACACCAUCCGCUCAGGAGUUGCGACAAAAACUGCUUACGCAAAUUUCUGAAUAUAACACUGAUGCAAACACACCACCAGAGCUAAGAAUAUACGUUACUGGUCUUAACCUAGAGGAAGGUCCAAUAUUUGAGCGUGAUCCAAGUCCAGUCAUAAAAAAUCCAGGGAUUGAAACUCUUGCCAACGCAUCAAGAGAGGCCCCAUCUUCAUUACGCAACGCUGCUCUUGCUAUAAAGAGUCCUCUCUCCAAAGACCCAGAAGCUACAUUCAAGCGCGAAGCCCCAAAAUCGAGAGAACUUACACAUUGGCAAGAUACGAAGAUCAAAUUGCGAGAUCUUCAACGUGAAAAGGAAACCUUGGAAAUGGAAGGUCGUCGUCGAGCUGGAAAAGAGCAAAUCGAUGCUCGAUGGCAAGACCGAGCUCUGAAAGAUUUUAGAGAUAACAAAGCGCAGAUCAAGUACGAUAUAGUACCUGGUGCUGAUGGUUCCGAUAAGGUAAUCAUCACUGAUGUGCAAUAUCCGAAUGUUUCGGGGGCUGGAAUUUUGUCGGGAAAUUCAAAUGACGAUAGAAUUGAGUAUAAUGUUCGACAUAGUGAGGAUUCUCUCCGACAGUCGCUUAUUGAUAUCAUAAGCAAUGACAGCGGGAGACAGAUUCGAAAAACUACAUCGAGUCAGAGAAGGAAAUCGCCAAAGAUACCUACGGGAACAAGACAACUGGAUGAAUCUAGAAGAAAAUUAAACAAGGAAUGGGUGGCGAGCGAAGGCCACCGAAGAGCAAUAAGGCAAGAUGACGAAAGUACGCGGAAGAAUCUUCUAAAAGGUGUCAAUCGAGCUAUCGCGGCUGCUGAAGAGAUGGUACUGAAGGGUGGAGAACAGCUCAAAGAUUUUGCCAAUAGAGAUCGAACUUGGGAAAACACGACAGAAUUGGUGUCUAAAAGCAAGAAUAAGGAUUCGCAACUCCGAGAUGAGAGCCCUAUAGCAUAUGCCAGACCUGGACACGCAUCGCCACUUUCGGCAAGAGGCAGGCCAGAGUCUAGGAGCCGUGGUGGAAAUUGGCAUGGAAAUGAGCUGCUGGUAUCAGAGGAGCGAGAAGGGACAGCCUAUACUGAAGGUACUUCACCGCCAUUCCAAGCGCACCUGAAACAAGCACUUUCUAAGGAAAGGGCUGAAUCAAAAGCCCAUAGUGGUGGCUUACCGGAACCUCCUCGUCGAGGAAAACUCUAUAGUGACAUUUACCUACCGGAAAAGAAUUGUUCACCGCAGGCAUCUCGAUCGACACAAGAAGAAAGGGAGCGACCUUCCGUCUAUCGGCCAGGAAAAAAUAUCCAAAUAUCUCCGAUAUCUCCCUUAGUUCCAAAAGUAACACAAUCCCAGCGACGGUUGAAACCAAAUCUUGAACAUCUUCCCGUUGUUUUUCCCGUACCAGCUAUUCGGGAUUCUCGCCUACUGCCAAAUGAGAGUCCAGCCCAAUGGAAAAUUCGUACGCAACGCGAAGCAGCCCACGCCAAGUUUGAAAGAGAAAAAUUAAAAUAUCGAGCAGAAGUCGAGACUGCAAAGAAGAAUGAGCAAGCUUCGCCAAAAGGUAUAUUGAGGCGGGAUGGAAAAGGGAAAGGCAAGGGUAUCGCUUGGGUUGAUAGACCUACUGCUUCCGAAGAGGGUGAUUUGUCUUCGAUGGGAGAGACUCUUUCAUUCAAUCAGAGAGCAGACCAAGAGGAGCUUAAAAAGUUGCAGGAGAAAAGAGCCAUACGGGACGGGAAAUAUAAGUGCUAUGCAACAGAAAGCAUGAUUGAGAGUGAGAAUUUGGCGUCAAGGGAGAAAGCGAAGGCAUUAGCUGAGAAGUUAAUGCGCGGUGGAGGUGGUUCCGAGGAUCAAAAGAACGACAGGAAAGUAACGUGAUGUGUCAACUAUGGCAGAACCAAAGGGUAUUUCGCAAAUUUCUUACCUGUUCGAGUUUAGUAGAAUACGUAGUUGUAGCUCAAAGCCUUCACCUUUUUAGCUUUAUCAUUCAAUAUAAUCAAAUUCUGUUGUGCCCCCGAUAAUUUCCAAUUUUGUUUUCCCUGAGAUCCAUAAUUAGGGUUUCUUGCAGGUUAAUCCUUCAAUAGGAUCAUCGGUCUGCUUAUUGACAGUUGCUGUGAACAGAAGUGAUCAACUCGAUCACUUGCAUCUGACAAGUUAAAGGAGAAAGGGCCAGAUCAACCGUACGACAUAGAUUGACACGGCAACAUCGUCCGACUAUACUCACUAUAGACUCCCACUUCACGAUGUCUAAACGUCGCUCGUGAAGUUCCGAGAUUGUAAGAAUUAUAUCUUAUUCA